GAUAAACGCACGCUCUGCGUACAACGGACACAAACUCGUGCGGCCGAUAGCAAGAGUCAAACAGCACGAGACGACUCACCUAUACAUACACGUGGCUUUAUAUAACAUAAUAUUCUCUUUCUUCAAAUCAAAUUGCCAAUUAAUCCCUGCAAUUGGACCAGAAUUCCCCCAAAAUAUGAAAUCCCCAAACAAACUGAAUAGAAACCCUAACCCUAGACACAUCAUCCGCAAUUACUUCGAUUAGAUCGUCGAAAUGCCGGCUGCUGCCUGUCUUCGUCUCAAAUUGCCGAUCAUAUACCUUGUUUUCCGGUGGCUAACCAGUUGAAUUUUCAGUUUGUUUCUCGCGAUCAUCGAGCCUUGGGGCUGGCGGAGUUUUCUGUACUUCCUGUGAUUUGCUAGACUCUCGAGCUCUUUUGCAUGUCUGCUUUUUAGAAAGUUUGAAUUUUGAAAUUUAAUUCGGCCCUUAAGCCUACUAUACUAUAGAGGAGCGUGAGGAAAAAAAGUGAGAUAAAGUAAGGUUAAGCUUGAAGAAAUAGGAUUUAUUUUACACACUUGUAGCUUGUGGUGUAUGUAGAUACUGUAUCAGGUAUUUGUGCAGAGAGAGGAAGAGAGAAGGAGAGUGAAAUGGGUAGCUCAGAAACAGGAGGAUUAGUGGCGGAAUGUAGUGUGGGAAGUAUAGUUUGGGUUCGGAGACGAAAUGGAUCUUGGUGGCCGGGAAAGAUACUUGGAGCUGAAGAGCUUUCAUCUUCUCUCAUAACAUCUCCACGGGCAGGAACUCCUGUCAAGCUUCUUGGAAGGGAAGAUGCAAGUGUGGACUGGUACAACUUGGAGAAGUCAAAACGUGUAAAGGCGUUCAGAUGUGGCGAGUUUGAUGACUGCAUAGAAAGGGCUGAAGCUGCUCAGGGCAUGCCUCCAAAGAAAAGAGAGAAAUAUGCACGCCGUGAAGAUGCUAUAAUGCAUGCACUUGAACUUGAGAGGCAAAUAUUGGAGAAAAAAUGUGGGAAAUUGGAAAUUUCUUCUAAUGGUAGAAGCAGAAGUUCACCAGAUGCUGUUACUUCUUCUAUUUACAUGGGUAAUGGAAGUGGAAGUCAACAUGAUUCAAGAUUGGAUCAGCUACCUCAGAAGGUAGGCUCAUCUCUUGCUGAAAAAAAUGUAACAAAUCAGAAUAUUUAUGAGGAGACAGUUACGGAGGGAAAUCAACUCAGUGGAGAUGAUGAUAGUGCUGUUGGUCUACCUCGGAUGAGAGGCUUGCAGGACUUUGGACUUCGUACUGCACCAAGAGAGGAGCUCUCAGGAGUUGCAUUUCGUGCCAAGAGGAGUAGAAAUGCUUAUCUGCCGUAUGAUUCUGUCGAUUACUUAAUUGACGACCAAAUUCUGUCCUCCCAGAUGGAAAUUCCAGUGUCUAAAAUUGAAGAAAGCAGCUACCAAGCAGACAUAGGUGAAAACCAUAUUUUGGGAUCUACAGAAGAUACAGAAACGGAUUGUUCUGAAACUGAUUCACUGGAAUCAGACUCAGAUGAUGAGAUGGCCACACUCUCUGAUGGUUCGGCCUCUAUAGAAUUGCGACCUAAAUACCCGAGAAGAAUCGAAACACCAGAAGAACAUGCGAGCAUCAGCAGCAGUGACGACUUUGAUGAGCUGGCAUUUGCCGAUAGUUUGUCUCAUCCUUACUUACACAGCCAGGUCUCAACCAAUACUGGGGUUUCCAAAUGGCAGCACAAAGGAAAAAGAUAUAACCGCAACCUUGCAAACAGUAAUGAAGGGCACAUAAAGAACUCCAAAAGGAGUCGUAAUAACUUUCCCGAUUUUGCCGAUCAAAGUUUCAAGAGCCGUAAAUCCCGAUAUGGGCCCACGCGAUCACACAAUCCUUACGAGUUUGCAGAUUUCGAGGGUAGCUUAGGUUGGUACAGUCGAUCUGCCAUGAGAGGGUAUUCAAACUACUCGCAUGAUAAUUUUCUUGGUGGUGGGCCCAUGUUGUUAGAUGUGGAUUUGAAGGUUGAGGCAAAUAACUACUCUAAGGAUGUUCCGAUUAUCUCGUUGAUGAGCAAGUUGAACGGGCACGCCAUCGUGGGCCACCCGAUCGAAAUCGAAUCGCUCGAGAAUGGUUCGACCGAAACAUAUGUUUCGUCAAAUGACUAUUUUGCCCCUAGCCCGGUCCCAUUGACUUCGAUGUGGAGGACGGGUCGUAGGACGGCGAAUACCCGUGUGCCACGCCCGUUUUUACUGUCGUUUGCUGUACAAAAGGGAUCCAAUCAAAAGAUAAGGGCGCUUUCAUCAUUUGCGCUGGGGAAAAAUCGGAGUGGCUCAAGAAGCAGUAGGUUGAUUAAGAAUGUGAAUACAUGCAAGACGGUCGCGUGUAUACCUGUUAACUUGGUGUUUAGUCGUUUACAUGAGGAUUUGGUCGAUCGUCAUCAGUAAUAACAGGUUACAGAAGACUUGAAGUGGAAUAUAUAUGUGGAUAAUACACUGUUUUUAGGAGAGCAUGAAUCUACAUUAAUCCCCCACUUUUUACAAUGGAGCCCCUAUUUGAUUGCUGAGGUCAGAUCAUAUCUAAGGUUCUUAUGUACUUUUAGAUUAGAUGACUGUUGUUUUGUGAAUUUGCAGCAGGUCAAGUAUUGCUAGCUUUUGUGUACUUAAGGAUCAAAGUUGAUUUGGACUGCAAAAAGGAGCUGAAUAGAUUGUAGAUUUAUACUCAUAUGAAAAUCUGACUUUCUACCCUUUUGUCCUGGUUGUGUUUCUGGGUUGAAAGCCAUUUUUUCUUAAAAUCUGUACUGAACAGGUGAAAAAGUUACAGUGAAUGCAAGCAGGAGAUGGGUUUGAUCUCUGUAUAUUUUGAGAUUACUGAUUUUGAGUUAUGAAGUAUUUCGGAUGCAG